AUGCGCGCUGGCUAUUUCCCGCUUUGUACUAUGUUUAUAUCGGUGAAAGAAGAACACUAUCGAUGGAGGUGGAUCUAUGUGCACGGUUGCGGAAUGUUUGCAGAACACUGGCUGUUCCUCAGCCGGCCUGCCGAACAAGUACCACUGCAUCAUCGACUAGAAAAUCCAACGAAUACAGGUUGUGUUAAAAAGAAGAGAAUAUUGCCUUAUCUGAAGGGCACAAUGGAUCUUGGUGUCAGCUACAAGUCAAAGGAAAGAGAAAAGUUAGUGGCCUUCAGUGAUGCAGACCAUGGAAUGGAGAAGACAGUGAAACAGGACGCUCAACUUCAGGAGUGUAAUGCUGUAUGUGGUGGAGCUAUAUCUUGGUCUCAGUCAACGUCAAACAUCUGUUGUAAUUUCCACAACAGAGCAGAAAUAUUGGCUGCUACUGAAGCUAUUAUUCGGGGAAAUACAAAGUUUUCGCAGUCAAUUCCAACAUUGAUGGUAGAAGAUUCUAUUAAGCUAAGCAAAACCCCGAAUUCCACAGACGCACUAAACGCAUACUUGUAUAAGGAAAGGCUCUUCAGCAAGCGCAUAAGCUUAUUUUUUGGUACUAUGGUAAUCAUAUGA